GCAAAUAACACAAUGGACGUUCGACACACUCCCGAAGCUUCCCCCGAAGCGACUCGGCGAGCGCCCGAACAGGGUGACCUCGACACAUAACACACCGCUCGGAAAUACUCGAUUAUGUUGAGACGAGAGAGACAACAAAUCGGAAAUCAUUUACCAGAAUACGUACCGAAAAAACCUUUCGAGACACUGAAUUAUCGGGGUUGCCAGCGCUAUUAUUUAACAGUUUUCAAUUGGCGCUAAGACCGAUGCUUCUAAGUCUUGACAACCCUGAAAACCCGCUUUCUGUAAUAUCCAUCGAGUGAUUCCCUGAAAGCAAAACUUCAGCUUUGCUUUUUUGCUUGGCUUGCGAUAUUAUUGCGAUUUUUGCAAAUCACUAUUGAAUUGGUAUUUCGAAAAUAAACUACAUUAUUAUUGUUUAGUGUUGUCUACCAUUUGUUUUUUAAGCGUUUGUAGUGCUUUUAGUGCCAAAAUACUUUAGAAGUCUCCAUUAUAUUCAAGAUUCAAGGAUACCUCGACCGCCUAGGGUAAUAAUGGACCAUAGGAGAUAUCAGAGAUCAGGAGGAAUUUACCACGAUGGGUUUUUGUACAUAACAAGAUCCACGAAGCACAACAUCAGGUAUUUAAUCUGUAGCAAGUACCGACGAUUGGGUUGUAUUGCAUCAGGGAAAAUCCACUUACAAGAGGGAAAUGUCUUCAUUCCUAUAAAGGUUGAACAUAAUCAUCCUAGAGACGACAACAGAGUUGAAGCAAUGGAUUUUAGAAUUCAGCUACGGGAGGCCUGUGUUCGAGAAAGAGGAACCCUUAAAAAUAUUUAUGAGCGCGUUGCCGCAAGAAACGUGGAUGGUGCUGUUGAGGUUCCAUUUAAUGUGAUUCGCCGUUCAAUGUUGAGAUGGAGCCAGGCAACGAGGCCUAAUGUCCCGGCAACUUUAACGGAACUGGCAGACAUAUUUCGAACAGGUAAUUGGCCAAGAUAUACGGAUUGUACCAGUGGACGUUUUUUUUCAGGUGUGGUCGAAGCCAAUGGACUUACUGCGGUGGUUUUUGGCAAUAGAGAAUUUAUAGGAAACUUCAUUGACUCCCAACACACAUUCAUUGAUGGAACCUUCAAGGCAGUACCGAGAAGACCUAACUUUUGUCAAAUCUUGACCAUAUUUGCCACUUGCAUGGAUCAUGCUUUUCCAGUUGCACAUAUUUUCAUGGAGAGAAGAACGAAAAUCUUGUAUGAUGCUGUUUUUGCCUACCUGCGUGAGAACUUCCCACAAUUUGUCAAUAUUAACGUUGUGACGGACUAUGAGGUGGCUUUGGUGGAAUCACUGAGGAACAACUUUCCCAAUGCCUCAUUGCAUGGUUGUUUUUUCCAUUAUUGUCAGGCGGUAUUACGAAAAGCCAGGACUUUAGGGAUUACACGGCAGAUCGAGGGACGACCUAAUGGAAGAGUCUUAUUGAAGAAAUACUAUUGUUUGGCGCUUCUACCUGCGGAGAUGAUUGAACCGACAUUAGUUUCCUUGCAGGUUUUUUUUUGUUAUCAAUCGCAUUUUUUAUUCGUGACCAUUUUUUCUAUUAUAAGGACGAUUUGGACUUUGGCGCUGUAUUUAGAGAACUCAAUGAGUAUAUCAGGAGGCAAUGGAUAGAACGCGUUACAGCUCAGCAUUUCAGUGUAUUCAGGCAACGACAUAGGACCAACAAUGUGAUGGAAUCAUACCACAGAAGACUGAACAGUAAAUUGAGUAGACAUCCUGGCGUGUGGGAUUUGAUAGAGACGCUUAUUGAUAUCCAGAACACUGCUUCCAUCGAGCUGACUCAGCUGGAACAACACCCCAAUGUUUACAGGAUUGCAAGAAAGAAUGUGGUAUUUGAUGCUCGACUGAAACAAGCUUGGGACAAGUUAUCGGAUGGUCGCUUCACCGUGGGAGAUUUCCUAAGGCAAGCAGUCCAUUUUGUGGAUGGCAUAGAUGGACAACUACAUCAGUGGAACCAGGAAGUACCGACCGAAGAAGAAGAAGAAGCUGUCGUCGUUUCACUAGACCAUCUUCAUCGUUUAUUAAUGCCAGCUCCUAUUGCUCAACCACCAAGAAAUGUUCCUAUUUUACUCCAUCAGCAACGUCCUCUUCUUCUGGAACCUCCUCCGCUCAUUCCACUUCCUCGUGCACGCAUGCCUUUACCUCCAUUAGUUCCUAUUCCCAUUUUGCCACUUGUCCGUCCAUUGUCACCUCCUCCCCUUGUCCCAAUCCUUCAGAAUUUGCCGCCGCCGCCCCAAAUCUUAGAACUACAACCCCCGAGAUCUCCUUCUCCCGG